AUGAAGGGGUGCCGAUUGUCCGAGCCGAAUACCAAGCAGACCUCGUACCAAAGCCUAACAUCUAAAGCCGGAGGCCCCAACCAAGCCACAUUGAUGGGUCUGGGGCACACACCGGUUUGGCAUAGUCUCAGAUGCCGACGCUGUCGUCAUACGCCGAUCCAUCUUUUGCAGGGACUUGAUAUGGCGCCGGUGCUAGUGCUCGGUGCCAUUGUACUCAUGCUGAACCUUGCAUCUAUAUCAUCAGCGCAGCCUCACCACGGAUGCAAAACGCGGUGUGGUGAUGUAGAGAUCCCCUAUCCAUUUGGCAUUGGUGCUGGCUGUGCUAUCGAACAACGCUUCGAGAUCAGCUGCAGCAGGACCGCCGCCGAUGGGAUCGAGAGGCCAUUCAUAAAUUACUGGGAGGUUCUAAGCAUCUCAGCAUCAAGUGGCCAAUCCCGAGUUUUGAUGUUCAUCCCGACAUAUUGCUACAAUUCUAGUACAGGAGAAAUGGAUUCCUACAUUUGGGAUUUUUACUUAGUUUGGCCGUAUCGGAUCUCUAACUCGCAGAACAAAUUCAUAAGCAUUGGUUGCAACACAAUUGGGUACAUCUACAACACCGAAAAAUCCACAAGGUAUGCGACAGGGUGUGUGUCGGUGUGUGGGAGCCCGGGAGACCUGAAAAAUGGCUCGUGUGUUGGUGUAGGCUGUUGCCAGAACACCGUCCCCAAGGGCUUAACGAGCUACCAUGUCUACUUCUAUGAUGUAGACUAUGUGGAUGUUUCAAAUAGUUGGCACUUCAACCCAUGCAGCUAUGCCAUGGUGGUGGAGGCAGAGACAUUCACUUUCAACUCCGAGUACAUAACCACGAAGAGGUUCAAUGAUACCUACGAGGGGCGGCAGCCGGUUGUCCUUGACUGGGUGAUUGGAAAUGCAACAUAUGUCAAUGAAUGUGAGCACACUCCAAGCCCCUGUCCUGAGUCUGCAACUUGCCAAAACACAGUUGGAGGGUACCAUUGUUCAUGUCCUUUUGGCAGCAGUUUUGCCAAGGAAACAAACUCUUGCACCAACCGGUUUAUAGGAGUUGUUAUUGGACUAAGCUCCGGCAUUGGGGCUCUAUUUCUUGCGUCAGUUUCAACUUUGUUGGUUCGGAUGUGGAAGAGAAGCAUGAAAAAUAGAGUUCGAAAGGCAUACUUUAGAAAAAACAAAGGCCUUGUCUUGGAACAGUUGAUCUCAUCUGAUGAAAGUGCCACACAUAGCACUAAAAUAUUUUCCUUGGAUGAGUUAGAAAAGGCAACGGAUAAUUUUGACUCCACACGCAUUCUAGGCCUCGGAGGGCAUGGCACUGUUUACAAGGGGAUUUUAUCCGAUCAACGUGUUGUGGCCAUAAAAAAGUCCAAAAUGGCCGAUCAAAGAGAGAUCGAUCAAUUCAUAAACGAGCUUGCAAUUUUAUCACAAAUCAGUCAUCGAAACGUGGUGAAACUUUUUGGAUGUUGCCUUGAGUCAGAGGUGCCUUUGCUCGUGUACGAGUUCGUCUCCAACGGGACAUUAUCUGAACUUCUUCAUGGUGACCACCUGAGUGGUAGAAGCUUGUUAACCUGGGGCGAUCGUAUCAGAAUUGCUAGCGAGGCGGCAAGUGCUCUUGCUUACCUCCAUUCCGCUGCCGCAAUACCAAUCUUUCAUAGAGAUGUGAAAUCUACCAACAUACUCUUAACAGAUAACUUCACUGCAAAGGUGGCAGACUUUGGUGCCUCGAGGUCCAUCUCCAUCGAUGAAACUCGUGUGGUCACAGCAGUGCAGGGCACAUUUGGGUACUUGGAUCCUGAGUAUUACCACACCGGCGAGCUAACCGAGAAGAGCGAUGUUUACAGUUUCGGUGUGAUAAUCGUCGAGCUUCUGACUAGGAAGAAGCCGGUUUUCCUCAAUUUCCGGUGUGAAAAGCAAAACUUAUCUCAUUACUUCCUUCAGAUGCUACAAGAUAACACUUUGACAGAGAUCGUUGAUGUUCAAGUUCUCGAGGAAGGCAACGACAGACAGAUCACUGAGAUGGCUGCCCUUGCGAGGGUAUGCUUGAGGCACAUAGGAGAAGAGCGGCCUACCAUGAAAGAAGUGGAGCUUAGGCUGCAGCUCCUGGGGGGCAAGAUGAUGAUGGAGAAAAAACACGGGUUAGAGAGCGAUGGUGAAGCCAUGCCAUUGUUACCUUCAAACUGUUCCACUUGUUUCAGUGCUAGUCCCGGUCCACGGCAUGGUGAGUUCUUCUCUGCUGCCAAUCAUUCAGCUCAGGAUGUCACCAGAUGCUACACUAUGGAGCAGGAGCUUGUUUCCUGGACCGACAUACCUCGCUGA